CUUCAGAUCAUUUAGUCAGAUAAAGACAGAGACUCUGGAAGACAAAAACAAAUUGCAAGAGACAAAAUGGAAUCAGAACUUGAAGGUGAUUCAGAGGAUCUCAGGAUUGUGCUGCUGGGAUUCUCUGGUGCUGGAAAGAGCGCAAUAGGAAAUGCAAUACUGGGUCGAGAGGCAUUUAAAGAGAGCACAACCAGAAAUAGUGAGUUACAGACAGAAAGAGUAAAAGACAGAAACAUCUCCAUCAUCGACACUCCAGGAUUCUUCAACACUCAGCUGACUGAUGAAGAGAUGAAGAAUGAAAUGAUGAGGAGUAUGUAUCUCUCUCAUCCUGGUCCACAUGUGUUCCUGCUUGUCAUCAACCUGGAAAACUUUGAGGAGGAGCAGAGGAACAUUGUGGGAAAGAUUCAGGAAAUCUUUGGAGCUCAAGCUUUUAAAUACACCAUGGUUCUGGUCACUGGAAGAGAACAAAUGUCAAGGAGAGAAUGGAUGCACUUUAUACUUGAUUCUAAAUUUCAAGAGCUGAUCAGUCACUGCAGAGAUAAUUAUCAUGCAAUUAACAGUAAAAAUGAGAUAAAUCAAACUCAAAUCACAGAGCUUCUGCAGAAGAUUGAUGAAACCAUCAAACAGAAUAAUCACCAGCAUUACAAAAUUGAGAUUUACUCAGUGUCUCGAAAAAAGAGCAUAAGAAUAAAGACAAAUCAAGAGGAAGAAAAGACGGACAAAAGAAAAGAGACAGAAAUGAAACAACAGCAAGCAAAAUCAGCUCCAGAUAUUUUCACAACCCACAAUGUAAAGGAAGAGAGAACGACAUACACUGUCACUGAACAAGAAAAUGAAAGCAUAAGAGGAAAGAAAACAGAGGAAGAAUAUACAUACAGCGAAACAAAGCAAAGUAAAGAGAAAAGACAAGAACUGGCAUACAUAGGAGAGUUUUUUGAAAAGGAAAGUACAAUGGAAGGCAGAUCAGCACAUACUGUUAUUAAAAAGAAAGAGAGUUUUGUUUCUUAUGUCAGAGAAUCAAUGAAAACAACUCACAUAUAUGAAAACCUGGACCAGAGCUCAUUAGACAGAUUCGAGGAUUUCUCUAAUGAUGGAAUGAGAGGCAAAAAAGUAGUCAAGACACCGGAAAAAAACUGGGGAUUGAGUAAAAAGACAACCUACCAGAUACUAUCAGAAGAUGAUCUCAGGAUUGUGCUGGUGGGUAAAACUGGCACUGGAAAGAGUGCGACAGGAAACACUAUACUGAGACGAAAGGCAUUUAAGGAAGAUUUUUCUUCUGAAUCUGUGACUGAGAAAUGCAAGAAACGUCAGAGGAUAGUGGAUUGUCGAAACAUCUCAGUGAUUGACACUCCAGGACUGUAUGAUACAAAAAUAAGUAAAGGGAAACUGAAGAAUGAAAUAGAGAGAUGUAUAGAAAAGUCUGUUCCCGGUCCUCAUGUGUUCCUGCUGGUCAUCAGAUGGGACGUGAGAUUCACAGAAGAGGAGAAAAACACAGUGAAAUGGAUUCAGGAAAACUUUGGAGAAGAAGCUUCACAUUACACCAUCAUUCUGUUCACUAGAGGAGAAAUGCUAAAGAUGUCUAUAGAGAAGUUUCUCAUCAAAAACAAGCAGAUUAAUGAGCUAGUUAGACAGUGUGGAGGCAGAUAUCACGUAUUUAAUAACACUGAUACAAACCCAGCACAGGUUACUGAACUGUUCAAGAAAAUAGACAUAAUGGUGAAGAAGAAUGGAGGACAGUAUUACACAAAUGAGAUGUACAAGAAAGCUCAGAAAAAGAUAAUGAUGAAAAAGGUUGAAGAGACAGCUUUAGUGGGAGCGAGUGUAGCAGGUGUAGGAGCAGCGGUCGCAGGAGGUGCAGCAUUAGUUGCUGCUACUGGAGGAGUGGCUCUGCCUGCAGUUUUAAUGGCAGGAGGAGCAGCUCUAACAGGAGGAUCAAGUGCUAAAGUUAUUGCAGGCAAAUUGAAAUAUAUCAUGGAAAAGAAAAGAAGUUCCAAGGAAAAGAUAAGAAAUUCCAUACAUCAGGACUUGAAUUCUUCUGAAAAUGAGUGGGAAAGUUCAAGUUCAUAAAUAGGGGGAAAAAAGAGGCAGGAGACGGAAGUUUUUUUUUUUUUUGACAUUUACUUUAUUAUUAUUAUUUUUAAAUUGAAGUCAUCUUAACUAAAUGUUUUAGUUUUUACUUUCUUCGUUUUUUACAAUUUACAUAAUUAGCAGUUGAUUCAUAUUUGUAUUGUUAUGAAGAUACUUACAGAAAUUCUGUAGAUGGUGCUAUGGGCUAAUGUUGCUCAAUAGCUUGCACAGUGCAAUAAAGCUUUAAAGGGUCACGAAACCCGACUACUUUUGUGUGCUAUUUUCAUCUUCUGGGCAAAGGACAAUAGUACAUUGAUGAUGUGUUGGUGUCUAUUAAAUUAUUAAUGAGACUGCUUGUUCUUAUCCUAUGGAAAGUUGCAUUGCUUAAUUAUUAACUGUUAUUAAAUUCAUUGGCUAUAACAGACGAUUCAGACUGUUAGACGGCAUACAUUAACUCAGAGAAACUUUAAUGGAUUGUAGAAAGGAGAUCAUUUGUUUAUGCUUUGUAAUAAGAGUUUGCAGCUGAAGGUGCAACAGUAUACAGUAUUGUUCAAAAUAAUAGCAGUACAAUGUGACUAACCAGAAUAAUCAAGGUUUUUCGUAUAUUUUUUUAUUGCUACGUGGCAAACAAGUUACCAGUAGGUUCAGUAGAUUCUCAGAAAACAAAUGAGACCCAGCAUUCAUGAUAUGCACGCUCUUAAGGCUGUGCAAUUGGGCAAUUAGUUGAAUUAGUUGAAAAGGGUGUGUUCAAAAAAAUAGCAGUGUGGUAUUUAAUCACUGAGGUCAUCAAUUUUGUGAAGAAACAGGUGUGAAUCAGGUGGCCCCUAUUUAAGGAUGAAGCCAACACUUGUUGAACAUGCAUUUGAAAGCUGAGGAAAAUGGGUCGUUCAAGACAUUGUUCAGAAGAACAGCGUACUUUGAUUAAAAAGUUGAUUAGAGAGGGGAAAACCUAUAAAGAAGUGCAAAAAAUGAUAGGCUGUUCAGCUAAAAUGAUCUCCAAUGCCUUAAAAUGGAGAGCAAAACCAGAGAGACGUGGAAGAAAACGGAAGACAACCAUCAAAAUGGAUAGAAGAAUAACCAGAAUGGCAAAGGCUCAGCCAAUGAUCACCUCCAGGAUGAUCAAAGACAGUCUGGAGUUACCUGUAAGUACUGUGACAGUUAGAAGACGUCUGUGUGAAGCUAAUCUAUUUUCAAGAAUCCCCCACAAAGUCCCACUGUUAAAAAAAAGGCAUGUGCAGAAGAGGUUACAAUUUGCCAAAGAACACAUCAACCGGCCUAAAGAGAAAUGGAGGAACAUUUUGUGGACUGAUGAGAGUAAAAUUGUUCUUUUUGGGUCCAAGGGCCACAGGCAGUUUGUGAGACGACCCCCAAACUCUGAAUUCAAGCCACAGUACACAGUGAAGACAGUGAAGCAUGGAGGUGCAAGCAUCAUGAUAUGGGCAUGUUUCUCCUACUAUGGUGUUGGGCCUAUUUAUCGCAUACCAGGGAUCAUGGAUCAGUUUGCAUAUGUUAAAAUACUUGAAGAGGUCAUGUUGCCCUAUGCUGAAGAGGACAUGCCCUUGAAAUGGUUGUUUCAACAAGACAAUGACCCAAAACACACUAGUAAACGGGCAAAGUCUUGGUUCCAAACCAACAAAAUUAAUGUUAUGGAGUGGCCAGCCCAAUCUCCAGACCUUAAUCCAAUUGAGAACUUGUGGGGUGAUAUCAAAAAUGCUGUUUCUGAAGCAAAACCAAGAAAUGUGAAUGAAUUGUGGAAUGUUGUUAAAGAAUCAUGGAGUGGAAUAACAGCUGAGAGGUGCCACAAGUUGGUUGACUCCAUGCCACACAGAUGUCAAGCAGUUUUAAAAAACUGUGGUCAUACAACUAAAUAUUAGUUUAGUGAUUCACAGGAUUGCUAAAUCCCAGAAAAAAAAAAUGUUUGUACAAAAUAGUUUUGAGUUUGUACAGUCAAAGGUAGACACUGCUAUUUUUUUGAACACACCCCUUUCAACUAAUUGCCCAAUUGCACAGCCUUAAGAGCGUGCAUAUCAUGAAUGCUGGGUCUUGUUUGUUUUCUGACAAUCUACUGAACCUACUGGUAACUUGUUUGCCACGUAGCAAUAAAAAAUAUACUAAAAACCUUGAUUAUUCUGGUUAGUCACAUUGUACUGCUAUUAUUUUGAACAAUACUGUAUUUACAAAAACAAUUUCAUCUCUCUGAGUUUUAUUUCAGAAACGUUAUACAGUAUUGUACUAUAAAUCAGUCAUUUGAAAACCCUGCAUUUCCCUGUGUAUAAAAAAACAAGUGUUAAGAAUGUGCAACAGAAUGAAUAAAAAUAUGGGAGGGCGGGGCAAACA